AAGGCAUUCUGUGGAUAAACAGCAGCUACGACAUAUAGUCAUGGAAUAUAUGCUGGAUCAUAGGUUUGAUGACGCGCAGCAACGAGUUGUAGCCUUGGAACUAGGUUCGACAACAACUUGGCAGCAGAUGAGACUAUCAGGCCCGCAAAAGUAUCUUGUCCGGUCCACGUUCAUAGCUAAAACGGUAAUCCAUUUAAGUAUGAAGACCAGACACUGGCCUGUACGUAUUUCAUGGUAUGUCUCGAUUUGCUUUGCCUAUACUUCUCUCCAUACUCUGUUGUACUUGUCAGAAAUCGGUUGUUGUACAUCGGCUGGCACAUACCUUGUAAGUUAGGCUGUUGGGGUAAAUGGGCAGUUUGCACUUAAACACCGUUCCAUAUGCGAGUCCUGAUGAGAUCCCACGCUGAAAUAGGGCAGGGAGAUUCCCCAGAUGUCAAGAGAGUCUUGGUGAAGGGUAUAGUGAACGUGAGAUGCAUUUCUAACUUGGAUCAUUCCAAACGCACUAGUAUAUAUUAUGUGUCCGUGUGAUCCCCAAGCUAUA